AUGACUAGAAGCUCCGCAAAAACUCAGCCAAAACAGUUGCACUCGACAACUGUCGAGGACAUUGGCAUGCUAAAAAACAUUGCUUAUACCCUGUGUGGUCAUAUAUUUAGCAUGCCCGUCAAAACUACAAUUCAUUUUAUGCUGAAAAUCACCCUAAACUCUGAGCUUCAGCUAGUGCCCGUCCAGAGAUGUGUCCUUGUGGUGUCCGUAAUAGAACAGCUUGCUCAAGUUCACAAUUCUACGGCGAAAGAAGCUCUGGAGAGGCUCUGUAGCUACUUACCUGAAAAGUUGCACUUACAAGGGGCAUGCAUUCUGAUCGCUGAAAUAUUUGGACCACAUAUAAUUAAGUUGAUAGAGCACAAAAUGAAUCCAGAUGUGGUGUGCCAUUCCAUUGGCUUGUGCAAACGAAAGGCGGGCCAACCAUUUUGUCACCUGUACCCCUCUCCUAAGAUGGGCUUCAAUAUGGCUAUAAAGGAAUCGGAAAGAAUGGUUGCAUAUCAGCCCAAGGAAAACAUGCAUCUGUUAUCAGGCGUGUGUUCACUUCCUUUUCUGAAGCAGCUGUGUGAGAAAAUCCAAUUACUUAUCCGUAGUAAGUUAGCCUUUGAAGACCUUGAUGGAGAUAAAUUUAGUCUUUAUCCGACCUUAAGAGGAUAUCACUGGAGAGGUAGAGACUGUGACGAUGUCCAGGCCUCUGUGUAUCCUGGCAGACGCCCUGAUAACUGGGAUGCAGAUAAGGACUCCAACUGUAAUGGAAUAUGGGGUGUUGAUCCAAAAGAUGGCAUUGCCUAUGAGCAGAAAUUUUGUAAAGGCACAGAGUCCAAGGGAAUCAUUUUGUUGGGAGAUUCAGCUGGGGCUCAUUUUCACAUCCCUCCUGAAUGGCUGACAGCAUCGCAAAUGUCAGUGAAGGCAUUUUCCAACCUUCCUGGGGCUUUUGCCGAUGAGCUCGACUGGCCUCAGUUUUCUGCAGUCACCGGAUUCCUCAACUCCACAAUUGGAGGCUGGACAGAGUCGCUGUACCUAUAUUUACAAAAAAGAAACCGCUGCAACCAUAGAGAUUACCAGAACAUCUCCAAAAAUGGCGGCUCUUCGAACAACGUCCUAGAGCUUGUAAAGAGCUUGGCAAGGAGUCAACAGUUUGACAAGCCAGCAAUUGUUAUCUUUUCAAUGAUUGGAAAUGACGUCUGCAAUGGGUAUCCUGACACUGUCAAACACAUGACACGGCCCCAGCAGAUGCGCGCCAAUGUUAUGCGGGCUCUACAAUAUCUAAAUGGCAUCCUUCCCAAUGGGAGCCACGUGCUUUUAACCGGUUUGGUAGACGGUCACUUUCUGUGGGAUAACUUGCACAAUAGAUUCUAUCCUCUUGGCCAGUUGAACAAAGAUGUCACAUACGAACAUUUUUACUCGUUUCUCAGCUGUCUACAGUCUUCUCCAUGCGUUGGCUGGAUGUCUGCAAAUGCCACUCUUAGGAACCUGACCUCAGAGAGAGCCUUACAGCUUUCCAGUGUCCUGAAGGAGAUGGCGAAAUCUGAGAAAUACGCCAAUUUUGACGUUUUCUACAUGGAUUACCCACUGAAGGAAGUUGCUGAGAUGUGGCAGAAAUCUGGAGGAGAGGCCUGGCAGCUUAUAGAACCCGUGGAUGGAUUUCAUCCUAACCAGGUUGCUUCUGCCCUUGGAGCAAGAAUCAUCUGGAAGAAGAUACUUGAUGAAUGGCCUCAUGUUCUUGGAAAAGAAAAUCCAUCCAACGAUGAGAUUGUAGCAGUGUUCAGAGUUCAAGGAGGGCACUGAUUUCACCAUUCAGAAUAAAGAACACCUUUCCCAACAAAGCAAGCUACGGUAACCUUUGGGGUAUUGGAACAUAAAAGGCUUAUGGAUGCAAACAGUUCUUUAUCAACUCUCUGGCAGCCGAAUGGAAAGCUGAAUGCACCAGUGGUAAAUUUUUA